AUGAACUCUGCCCUGGUAUUCUUCGAAUCUAGUCGGACAUGCGAUAUUGUGCCGGUUUCUGCUGUUCUCGGGGAAGUCACUCUGAAUUCAGUGAGGAGAGUUCGUUGGAGGGGGAGGUCUUACACAGCAAAGAUAAUUUUCACUGGGCCGAGAGAAAUCUGCGAGAUGAAGAUCGGACAAGUAACUGAAAGAGGCCAACUCGUCGAAGAGGAUGAAUUUGAUAUCGCCAACAUCGAUUCCGAUAUUAGGGAGACGAUCACACUGCCCCGAACACAAGACUCCCAGAUAAUUCAACUUCUGCAAGAAGUGGUGAGGAGGCUUGGCGUACUGGAGGAGAAGCAAGCAGCGGUCGCAGAAGCUGUGAGACGCCUCGAAAGGAAAUCAAUGCUUCAGGGAGAUAACUCGGAGGAAGAAUUGAAGAUGUUAAGAGAAUUACUUCGACGUGCUCCACCACGUGUUAUUCAGGGCGACCUGGAAUACAAGUAUGCGUCCAUAGAAUUCGUAGCCGAUCUGCGAAAAAAAUAUGAAAAUCCUUCCAAGUUCGCGAGAUGUCUGGAGGAUGAGGUAUACAAAGAUGGUGCAGAGGAGCUAGAGCGGAACGUGGACGACAGAGUCAUAGACCGUGUUCACUUCAUUCAGGAAUGUUUGUUUAAAUAUUAUGAUAUUCCUACGCAACUCCGGGAUGAAGUGUGGAAAAGAGUGAAGGAGUCACUGAAUGGAAAGGCAGAUAGCAGUGUUUGUGAGAAGAGUAUCCGGCGGUUUAUAUGCAAAUUUGAACGUGGUGCUUCUGUCAAAACAGCUUUUGUACCACGUUCCCUUUCUGCUCACUAUGAAGAAAUCAGUCAUGAAAUUGACCGAUGCUAUAAAAUAAACAGUUCAACAACGGCAAGGGAAGUGGCCAGCCGCUUGGCUCCACGUGGAAUUCGAGUUAGCGAAGCAUACAUCAAACGAAUAAGAGCGAAAUUAGGAUAUGAGAACAAAACCACAAAGUAUUGUCACACCAUUCGUGAUGUUAACAAGGAAAAGAGAGUACUAUUUUGUGAAGAAAUGCUUCACGCUGGAACGACGUUCUCUGACUGUGUCUUCACGGAUGAGUGCACGAUUCAAGGUUUCGGCCGCCUUGUGCAGGACAACGCUCCUGCACAUGUCAGCCUCUAUACGAAGAGAAAAAUGGAGGAGUGGCAAAUGGAAACUUUGGACUGGCCCGCAGAGAGCCCAGAUUUGAAUCCGAUAGAACUAAUCUGGGGAAAUAUGAAAGCUUCUAUUAGAAAGCGUGAGGUUCGCAAUCUAAACGACCUGAAGGUCGCAAUCAUUCAGUACUGGAAAACUUUGACUCCACAAAUCUGUUCAAACUAUAUUUCCGGAAUAAAAAAGAAGAUGGAACGGGUGAUAGAGCAGGGUGGAAGAAAUAUCCGUGAAUCAAGAUGA